AUGAAAGGCGGUUUUCUAACCGUUGAACCUGAUGAGGAGGAAAUCACGAAGGUUGAAAAACGCUGGACAGUACGAGAAACUUCUGUGGUAAGGCUACGGAAUAACCAUUUCUAUGUGUGUAUAUCAAAAAAAGCUGAUAAUGGCUACUAUGCGGCGCGAUUAACGACUCGUCCUUCACGAAAUAGAACAACUUCAUUCGGGCAAUCCUCAUUCGGUCUGUCGACAGAUAUUCCUCAUCAUCGUCAGCCUGUUUUUGAAAAUUCGUUCAGAUUGAGCCCAGACUCGAAGCCAGACGCGGAAACGAUUAGGAACGUGAUGAAGAAAACCAUCUCCGACAUUGGUAGCCGAUGGUCGUCAUCGUUCCCAAGCACGAAUGGGAUGACACUGCAGAUAACAAGGAAUCUGAAUAUCAACUUGAAGCAAUGUAUACCCGGCCGAUAUAGAUUUACGAUACAAACAUACGUUUUUGAAAAGUGUGGCCAGGGAAUAGCCGUUGCAUCUUCUUUCCUUUGGGACAAAAAGGGAGUGCUUCUUAAUCGAAUUUAA